CUCUGCCGACGUAUAAGAACACUCCGCACGCUCUAUUCGCCAUUGCUCGCACGGAGGGUCUUAGAGGGCUAUAUGCUGGCUUUUACCCUGCUGUUCUUGGAUCAACUAUUUCAUGGGGUUUGUAUUUCUACUUCUACAACAAAGCCAAGCAGCGAUAUUUACGAAACAGAGAGGAACUAAGGCCUUUUCUUCAUCUUGCUUCAGCUGCGGAAGCUGGAGGGCUGGUCUGCCUUUGCACCAAUCCUAUUUGGCUGGUGAAAACAAGGUUGCACCUCCAAACUCCACGACAAGCUCGUUCAUAUUCUGGUUUUCAUGAUGCUAUAAGAACCAUACUGAAAGAAGAGGGAUGGAGGUCACUCUACAAAGGGCUCGUCCCUGGUCUUUUUUUGCAGGUUACACAUGGCGCAAUCCAGUUUACAGCAUACGAGGAACUUAGGAAGAUGGUUGUCAAUUUUAGGACCGAGGAAAAUGGACAAAAUUCGAACGUAGUGGAAAAAUUACUGGAUUCAUUUGAUUACGCCGUACUAGGCGCUUCUUCAAAAUUAGUUGCCAUUCUUUUGACGUACCCUUUUCAGCAAUGCCCGAAUAUUCAAGGCAUUCCGAGAUAUGUUGACAGCUUUCACGUUCUGAAGGAGACUGCACGGUUUGAGGGCGUACGAGGAUUCUAUAAGGGUAUCACGGCAAAUGUGUUGAAAAAUGCUCCUGCUGCCUCUAUUACAUUCAUUGUGUAUGAGAAUGUGCUGAAUAUGUUGAAACUGGCUAGGAAAAAAGAUUCAUGA